UUCUUUCUCUUUCACACACAUUCACAUUCACAUUUUAACGUUAACUUUUUUUCCUUUUUCUUUCUCACAUUCAUUCUUUCAUUUCAUUAAUGCUAAUAACAUGAACACACUCCGCAUCAUUUCACUUUUCUCACAUUAUUCAAACCACCACCACCACCGCCGGUUAUGAAUCCCACCACCACCGACCAACUACCACCGCCGCCGCCGUUACAACAACCUCCUCGUUCUUCUUUCAGCUGCGACCGUCACCCAAAUGAAUCUUUCAACGGCUUCUGUCCUUUGUGUCUCUGCGAACGUCUCACCACUUUAGAUAACAAUAAUCCGUCGUCCGCCACCACUUCCACCUCUCGCCGGAACUCCACUUCUUCCGCCACCGCCGCCAUCAAAUCAAUCUUCAAACACAAAUCAUCAUCAACAACAUUUGUUCCCAAUAAUAAUAAUAACAGUACUAAAACAUCUUCUUUUUUUCCAGAGCUUCGUCGCACGAAGUCAUUUUCCGCGGCUCGAAACGCGGAGUUAAUUAGUUGCGGUUACGAGCCGCAGCGAAAAUCGUGCGACGUUCGUAACACAUUGUACUCGUUGUUUUCGGUCGAAAACAACGAAUACAAAUAUAAUAAUAAUAAACAAAAACAAUUGGGUCAAAAUACAAACAGCACCACGACCAGCAGCACCGACAUUAUUAUAGACGACCAACAACAAAAACGAGUGGAUACGAAUGAUUGUGAAAUCCGCAACAUUGUUGAUGAGAUUGAGGAAAUAAGUGAAGAAAUUGCUGAACAAGAAAAAUCCUUACAAAAAGAAGAAGAAAAUAAGUUUGAAGGUGAUGUUGAAGAGAUUGUUUUACAAGAAUUGAAAACAAUGAAAGAUCAUAUACAUAUAGAUCUAGAUUCAAAUGCUAAAAAGUCAACUACCAGGUCAAACUUCUGGUCAGCUGCGUCGGUGUUAAGUAAGAAAUGGCAAAAAUGGAGGCGAAAACAGAAGAAAAGUAGUCCUGAAAACGACGUCGUUUCGUCGUCUACAUUGCCGGUUAAAAAACCGGUUUCACGGCAGUACCGUGAAACGCAGUCAGAAAUAGCUGAUUAUGGGUUUGGAAGGCGGUCUUGUGAUGUUGACCCGAGGUUUUCGUUGGAUGCGGGUCGGGUUUCUUUUGAUGACCCGAGGUAUUCGUUUGAUGAGCCUCGGGCAUCUUGGGAUGGGUAUUUGAUUGGGAGGACAUUUCCUAGGCUUCCGCCUAUGGUUGAGGAUGUACCUGUUGUUGUACAUGUUCCUCGGUCCGAUAUGCAGAUAUCGGUUGAGGAACAUGUGGUGAAAAAUGAUGAAUCUGUGCCCGGUGGGUCUGUACAGACCCGCGAGUAUUACACAGAUUCUUCGUCUAAGAGACGAAAAAGCCUUGACAGGUCAAAUUCCAUUAGGAAAAUGGCCGCGGCUGUGGUCGCGGAAAUGGACCAAACAAAGGAAAAAACUGUCACAGCCUCAGCAGCUGCAGCUGCGGCCGUGGCAGUAUCAAAUGCAAAAGUAACGCCUGCUAGUAUUGAUUAUGGGUAUCCUAAUAGAGGGUUAAGGUUUCCAAGUAUUGGUGGUGAGAGGGAAUUAGGAAGAGAUUCGAAUUCGAAUUCGUUGAGAGAUGAUUGUUCAGAAACAUUUGAGUUAGGGAUAAAUGGGGGAGAGAAAAAAGAAGGGAAGAAAUCGAGGCGUUGGAGGUGGAAAAUUUGGGGGUUUAUUCAACGUCGUGGAAGUAACAAAGACGACGACUACGAGGGGUUUAGCAGAGUGAAUGGCGUGGAGAGAUCAUUCUCGGAAUCUUGGCAAGAAACCGGGAUUAACAAGAAAGUGUUUAGAAGUAAUAGUAGUGUGAGUUGGAGGAACUCAUCCAAAAAAUCAAGUUCUGAAAUCAAUGGAUUUGGAAAUGGGAAGAGCAGGAGAUCAGUUGGAGGCGACGAAUUUGUUCUUGAAAGGAAUCGUAGUGCACGAUAUUCACCUAAACAUACUGAUAGCGGUUUGCUAAGAUUUUACUUGACUCCAUUGAGGGGAAGUCGCAGAAGUAGAUCAACUAGUAACUCGAAUUCCGUUGGCAAGAACAUUCUUCGUCCAUACUAAUCGAGUCGCGCCCAAGAGUAGGUUGGAAGCUUAAGGCCGGGUUAAAGUCAUCCCAAACGUUACAAGCAAAUAAAAGAUUCGUCGUCAAGAUGUCUUUUCCUCACAAACGUAAUAAACUGAUAAUCAUCGAGGUCGUCGAUAAGAAAACACACAACUUUUGGAUAAAAAAGAUAAAGCGCAAUUGCGAAUUGGGAAAGUUAAAGGGGUAUGAUCAAAGAAAAAAAAGGAAGAGUGGUAAAUUGGGACACUUUGUAAAAAGACGGGUUCUUUCAACUGUAUCUUUGCUGUGUGUAUGCGACCAAAAGUUUCACUUACUCGAAUGUAAUUUUUUCCUUUUUUCCAAAUGGUUUGUAACUUUGUAUCUUAUACAAGAUUCGAAAUUAUAACC